GUGCAUGCGCCGCGCGGGGCGGGCCGGGCAGAGGCGAGGGGAGCGCGCGCGCCAUGGCGGCCCCUCCGUGCGCCUUCUCCCCCCGCGGGUGCCGCUUGUUCGCCUCGGCCGGGCCCGAUGGGCGGCUGCGCGUGUGGGACACGGCCGGCAGCCGCCUGCAGCACGAGUACGUGCCCUCCGCCCACCUCAGCGCCGCCUGUACGUGCCUGGCCUGGGCCCCGGCGGGUGCGCGGCAGCCCCCCAGCAAGGAUGGCCCCCAGAGGAAAAAACGGAAGUCUGAAGUUGGAGGAGAAGUGGACAAGCAGUUAGAUAUCCUGGCUAUUGGUACAGCAGUUGGUAGCAUUUUGUUGUACAGCACAGUAAAAGGAGAAUUACAGAGCAAGCUAGAUGGUGGUCAUGACAGUAGAGUAAACUGUGUGAGAUGGCAUCAAGAGAGCUGCUGCUUGUAUAGCUGUUCAGAUGACAAACACAUUGUGGAAUGGAACACACAGACCUGCAAAGUAAAGUGUAAGUGGAAAGGCGACAAUAGCAGUGUCACCUGUCUAUGCAUCAGUCCAGAUGGAAAAAUGCUGCUGUCAGCUGGUAGAACUAUAAAACUGUGGGACUUGGAGACCAAAGAAGUCUACAGACAUUUCACAGGCCAUGCUACAUCAGUGUCAUCAUUAACGUUUACCACAGUGAAACCUACAAAUGAAAGUAAACCCUUUGAUGGAAUUACAGGACUUUAUUUCUUGUCUGGAGCUAUACACGACCGAUUAUUGAGUGUGUGGCAGAUCAGAUCAGAUAGGAAAGAAAAGAAUGCUGUGAUGUCUUUCACAGUAACAGAUGAACCAACUUUUGUGGACCUGACUGUAUCAGAAGUUAAAGAAGAGCCUGUGAAGUUAGCAGUUGUGUGCAGAGAUGGGCAGUUGCAUUUAUUUGAACAUAUCUUGAAUGGUUAUUGCAAAAAACCCUUAACAUCAAACUGUACUGUUCAGAUAGCAACACCUGGGGAUGGGGACUCCACACCGAAGCCAGUCCCUAUUCUAGCAGCUGCAUUUUGCACAGACAAACAGUCUCUGCUGCUGGUGUAUGGAAACGCCUUACAGCCCAUCAUAGAGAAAGUGUCUUUGAACACCAGUGAAUCCCACAUAUGUUUGGUACGGGACAUCCAGAAAGUGUUGUCACUUAAAACAGAUGCUGCUGUAACAAAGGUAAAGACACCUGUGGUGAACUCGGACGCCAAAGUUCUAGUACCUGGCAUUCCAGGACAUAGUACAGCUGUCAAAACUCCAGCCUUGGGAAAGGAGAAAAAGAAAAACAAGAGGAAACCAGGAGAGACAGAGGAGAGCAUCGAGGAGCGCCUUGGGGCAUUGGAUAUUGAUGUGAGCAAAGUCAAAACUCCCGGUGGCCUUCCCCAAACAGACAGCUUUGCUGUGCUGCUGGUCCAGGGCUUGGAAAGCAACGAUGCAGAAAUCUUAAAUAAAGUGCUUAACACAAGGAAAGAAAAUAUAGUAAAGAACACAGUAGCCAGAAUGCCUAUACAUGCUGUCAUUCCACUGCUGCAUGAGGUAAGAGAGCCUGCACUUCUUGCACUGUCAUACAAGCCACAUGUGAUUUGCCUUCUAGCUACUGAAAUCCAGGAUAUGGCUCUUUAUUUUUGAAAUGGGUUUGGUGCC